UACGUUAGGACAAAUUUUCAGCAGCUAUAAACGGAUAUGAAACCCAUUAUAUUCUUCACAACAAGUUCACUACUUCUCUUACACCUUAUUCUUUCGCAAAUUAGCCAUAAUGUCUUGUAGUAGCGGAUAUUUGGUUGUAUGUGUGUAUUCCAAUUGCCUUAUAAGAAAUGGUGAUAAUGAGGUCGUGUUUGAGUGUGAGAAUCUCGUGUUGUUGCGCACACAGCGAGUUGCCUCGUUGUCGAAGCUGAAGAGUCUGAUAUUGAGAAACGUCGCUGAUAGUGGGAGAAAAGAGGUUGAACGGGUAGUGUAUAGGCUACUAGUACCGAUGGAAAAUAGAAUUUUUCGAUUUCGUCUGUUUUGGCUGUAUGACGACGAGCAUGUGCGGCUGAUGUUUGACAUCCAUGAUAGAAUCAUGGCCGAACAAGUGAUUGAGCUCUCCGCAGAGGUUGGUGAUGUUGGUAGUAGUGGAUCUGGACAAUCGGAUUUUGUGCAGGAUGAUUCCCCUCUCACAUCAUCGCCCAUCCAUGUUGCUAGUCCGUUGGAUGGCAUGGAUAUUGACGGUGAUGGAUCUCACAAGGAUUAUAUUGCGGAUAGUAACGACAUCAAUUCGUCACAAGAUGAUGACGAGGAGGAGUUUGUGUUCGAGACUCCGGUGGAGCCAUCACACUAGUAUCUUUUGCCGGCCCCACACCCAAUUUCAGCGUUGUCGUCUGUGCCAAGUCAUUAUCAUACGUUGGACAUGGAUGUAGUGCAAGAGAAAAAUUAAUUUUCCAACACGUGUGAAGACGAUUACAAGUUAGAUGGGAGUCUGGAGUUCAGGGUGGGUCAUAAAUUCAAAAGCAGAGAUGCAGUACUGAGGGGGUGAAGAAUUACAGCAUCCGUCGAAAUGCAGAGUACCGAGUACUGGAGUUUGAUCGAUUAAAGUACCAUGUGCGUUGCCGACAACACGAAGCAAGCUGCCAUUGGAGUCUCCGCGUCGAUUUCCGACAGAAUCUCGGAUAUUGGGAGGUUUGUAGGGUGGGAGGCGCGCACACGUGUCUAGCUCCCACCGACAAUUGGACAAUACUCUCAUCUGUCGUGUCAUCCUCUCGUUGAUGCAAUCUAACCCGUCCGUGAGGAUAGAUAAAGCUAUCACUUCAAAUCAUCGUACAGAAAGGUGUGAAUGACGAAGUAGAAGGCAAUUGCUCAGAUAUACAGUGAUUGGGAGAAGUCAUACAACAAGAUGCCGAUGUUCCUAUAGGCACUACAGAAUUGUUGUCAACAGUAUGUGAUAUCAGUGUUGUUCCAUACUAUGAUUGUCACCUCCUGAUACGUGAAUGCAGUAUGUUUGACAAGGUUUUUUGGACAUUUCCUACAUGUGUGAAAGCCUUCAAGCACUGCAAGUCGUUCAUAUCCGUGAAUGGCACGCAUCUAUAUAAAAAAUAUGGUAGAGUUUUAUUUAUGGGAGUAGCACAUAACAAAAAUGACAACAUACUUCCCGUUACGUUUGUAAUUAUGGAGUCCGAGAUAAUAGAAUCAUAAUCUUUUUUUCUU